AUGUCAGGGCGAAAAGUGCAGAAGGUUAUGGUCCAACCCAUCAACCUAAUCUUCCGGUACCUUCAAAAUCGAACGAGGAUUCAGAUUUGGCUCUAUGAGGAUGUGACUCAUCGCAUUGAGGGCUAUAUCGUUGGGAUUGGGAUGGUUGUGAACUUGGUGGCACUACUUUAUCUCUUCGUUAACGUUUACGCUAUUCUGAACACCGGCGUUCAGCUUCGGAUCGAGGAGCUUUUUGACACUACGGGACAUACUAACAAUUGGGCUGUCUUGGUGUGUACAUCCCGCUUCUGGUUUAAUUAUCGGCAUGUUUCAAACGUGCUAGCUCUCUAUCAUGCGGUUAAAAGAUUAGGUAUACCAGACAGUAACAUCAUAUUAAUGCUGGCGGAAGAUAUCCCGUGUAACCCGAGGAAUCCACGUCCUGUUGACCUACUUAGGAACUCAUUUACAGGCACUGUCUACGCUGCUCGUGCAGGUCACAAUUUGUAUGGAACGGAUGUAGAGGUGGAUUAUCGAGGCGAAGAAGUGACGGUGGAAAACUUUAUCCGCCUGCUAACAGGUCGUCAUCACCCUGCCACCCCUCGUUCAAAGCGCUUGCUCACUGAUCAUCAAAGUAAUGUAUUGAUUUACCUUACUGGCCAUGGUGGAGAUAGUUUCCUGAAAUUUCAAGACGCUGAAGAGUUGACUAAUGUUGAUCUGGCGUAUGCAAUUCAAACUAUGUAUGAAGAUAACAGAUACCAUGAAAUGUUCGUGAUUGCUGAUACAUGUCGUAGUGCGUCAAUGUAUGAAUGGAUAUCGAGUCCAGGAGUGCUGUCAUCUAGCAGCAGUUUGACGAACGAGGAGAGCUACUCGUAUGACGUCGAUGACGAUAUUGGAGUUUACGUUAUCGAUAGGUAUACACAUUUCACUGUUGCAUUCUUGAAUCGUGAAGUGAAAGCUCUAAAUUCAACGGCGACGAUGCAAGAUUACCUUGAGUCGUGCUCUCGUCGUCAGUGCCUCUCGACAGUUGGAGUACGUAAAGAUGUUUAUCCAAAGGAGCCUUCUCGCGUCCGUGUCACCGACUUCUUCGGUUCGUCUCGGAUAAUUCGACAUCUCACUGAAGAGAUCGUGAUUGACGAUGAAUGGCUAAAUUCCGGUUUUUGA